CUUUGUAGUCAUGUGACCGUACAACACAUCAAAAUGGCGACGAAACAAGUGGUUGGAUAUUUUCUUUUAAUUUUCGUUCAUUUUGCAAGAGCGAGUCAGCUAGGCUUCCCAGAUGAUGCAUCAUCAUGCAAAGAAGUUUGCAAAAAUGCUUAUUCACCGCAUACAUAUGAAAAGAGUACAAGUGAGGAAUCAUGUGACCGUGGUUGUAGAUGGUUUUCAAUGAUGGAAUUCCUCUGUGAUGAUGUCAACAAAACAAUCAAAGUUUGUCAAUCAUCUUGUAAAGAUGCCUUCUCAGAUAAUGAUGAUUUUGAAGCAUGCAAACUGGGAUGUAUCAGUCAAAAACCAUUUAGCUUGGAUUCCAUUCUUAAGGUAAUUGUCUUAUUUUAAGUAUUAUAUUUAGUUAACUGUUUUCAUCUCUAU